UCACACAAUGCAUCAAUUUCGUUUAAAAAUAAUCAAAACACUCAUUCAACUUGAGACUAUAGCAACAUGACAAAAGCAUGUUUGUUUGUAAUUUUCACACUAUUCCAAGCCGGUUUUUUGCUUGGGGUCCCUGAGGUCCAACUCCCGACUGGAGUGAUCAGGGGCCGUGAAGACACAACAGUUAACAAUAAACAAUACUUUGCUUUUGAAAAAGUUCCAUAUGCGGCUCCCCCAAUUGGAGUCUUGCGUUUUAAAGCCCCGGUACCACCUCCAAAUUGGGAGGAACCACUUGAUACAGUCAAUUUGGAUGUUUCUUGUUACCAAGUUAGCGGAAAUUCAGACGCUGAGUCUGAGGAUUGUCUUUAUAUCAAUGUUUUUACACCACAGCUUCCAAGUGGUACCACCAAUGUUAGUUUACCAGUUAUGUUAUUUAUACAUGGUGGGGGGUUUAUGUUUGGUUCUGGUCGAAACACUUAUUCGGAUUAUAUCAUUGAGGAAAAUGUGAUUUUUGCAACAAUUAACUACAGAUUGGGACCAUUUGGUUUCCUAUCAACUGAGGACCACUAUAUUCCGGGAAACAAUGGUCUUAAGGACCAGCACAUGGCUAUAAAAUGGACCCAUAGCAACAUACAUUUAUUCGGAGGUGACCCUGAUAAGAUAACAAUAAUGGGUCAAAGUGCCGGGAGUGCUUCUGUUGCCUAUCACUUACUAAAUCAACAAUCACAAGGAUUGUUUCAAAGCGCUAUUUUGGAAAGUGGUUCGUUUUUGAGCCCUUUUGCGUUCCAAAGACGCGCAAGAGAAAUUGCGUUUGCCACCGCUGCUUUUCUCAACGAUACUUUUGACACAACAGAGAAUUCGAAAGAAUUGUACGAAUUUUUGAAAGGAGUUGACGCGAAAGAUUUAGAUCUGGCUUCACAGAAGUACCAUGAAUCGGAAACACUUGAAAGUGCCCAAAUUUUGACUGGAAGGUAUUAUUCACCGGUGAUUGAAGUAAAAAAUCCGGACGCUUUCCUUACGAAAAAAAUGUACGGUUUGUUGAAGGCUGGAAAUUUGGUGCGAGUACCAAUUUUGAUUGGGAUUAACUCGGAGGAAGGACUCGUGUACAAUACUAAUCCGGAUAUUUUAACACAAAACAUGGCGACUUUUGACGAAAAUGUGUCUUGGUUGGUACCCAAAGACAUGAUGCUGAUUGAUGACCAACCCCUUCUAGAGAUGGGAACCCAAAUUAAAACAAUGUAUGUUGGUUCUGGCAAUUUGAGUGAGCAUAUCGGUGACGGCGUUCGCUAUUACAGUGACCACUCUUUUACCCGAUCUAUCAUCAAAACCGCCGAACUUUACUCCAACUUUUCUGAAACUUUCUUUUACCAAUUUUCCUACGAUGGCCCUCUUGGAGGUGUAAACAUCCAUUACGAUGGGGCUGAAAAUGUCGGUCACGCCGAAGAACUGAGUUAUUUAUUUUGUCAUGGUUCUGGCUGCAAUCGUGACGAUAUUCCUGAUUCGGAUAAAUUAACUCGUCAAAGAUUGAUUAAACUUUGGACGAAUUUUGCAAAAUAUCAGAAUCCGACACCGCAACCUGAAGAACUCUUACAAAAUGUUACUUGGCCUAAAGUUUCGACUGAGAGUGGCGAUUUUUUGUAUCUAGAUAUCGACGAAAAUUUGGAGGUAAAAAAUCACCCGAAGGAGGAAACUUAUUCGAAAUGGGUGGAGCUCUAUGAAAGUCUUGGAUAUGAUAAUUUUGAUACAUAUUAAGUGUAAUUAAACUUUUAUAGUAAAAAUAAACAUGUUACCCGGCGCA